GCACUUAGGUUAUGAUGCGAGUGAGUGGGAGAGGGAGAGCGAGGGCGAGAGCGAGAGCAGAUUAUUGAUUGUCUUCAAAAAUCCCUCUCUUUUCUCCAUUUCCCUCUCUCACUUUUGAUUUUCACCUUCAAAUUCACUCCUCACUCUUCAGUCUUCAUCCAGCUCAAAAACCCUAAUGGAGUGGAACCCUCAAACUCUCCAGUUCCUAUCGGAGUGCUUCCUCCACACUCUCUCUCCGGCGCCCGAGCCCCGCCGCCACGCAGAAUCCUCACUUGAUGAGGCUUCUAACCGCCCUAACUACGGACUCGCUGUCCUCCGCCUCGUUGCUGAGUCCUCCAUCGAUGAUCAGAUCCGCCAAGCUGCCGCCGUCAACUUCAAGAACCACCUCCGCGGUCGGUGGUCCCCCGCCCCUUCCGACGACGGAGGGGCCCCCGCUGUCACACCAAUACUCGACCCCGAGAAGGAGCAGAUCAAAUCCCUAAUCGUCCCGCUGAUGCUCUCCGCCACACCGAAGAUUCAGAGCCAGCUCAGCGAAGCCCUCGCUGUAAUCGGGAAGCAUGAUUUUCCCAAAUCGUGGCCCGCGCUGCUACCUGAGCUCGUGUCCAAUCUUCAGAAAGCUUCGCAGGCUUCUGAUUACACCUCCAUUAACGGUAUUCUCGGCACUGCCAAUUCUAUUUUCAAGAAGUUUCGUUUUCAGUAUAAGACCAAUGAUCUCUUGCUUGAUUUGAAGUAUUGUCUCGAUAAUUUUGCUGCCCCUUUACUUGAGAUUUUCCUCAAAACUGCUUCUCUGAUUGAUGCUGCUGCGAGUUCUGGAGGGAAUGCUGCGACCCUGCGACCCCUCUUUGAGUCGCAGAGGUUGUGUUGUAGGAUAUUUUUUUCUUUAAAUUUCCAGGAGCUCCCUGAAUUUUUCGAGGAUCAUAUGAAGGAGUGGAUGACUGAGUUUAGGAAAUAUCUUACCACUAGUUAUCCUGCUCUUGAGGGUAGUGGCAAUGAUGGUGUUGCGGUUGUUGAUGAACUUAGGGCUGCUGUUUGUGAGAACAUUAAUCUUUAUAUGGAGAAGAAUGAGGAGGAGUUCCAAGGAUACUUGAAUGAGUUUGCUCUUGCUGUGUGGACUUUGCUGGGAAAUGUGUCCCAGUCAUCUAGCCGCGAUCAGCUUGCCAUCACUGCAAUCAAGUUUUUGACCACUGUCAGCACCAGUGUUCAUCACACCUUGUUUGCCAGUGAAGGAGUUGUGCCGCAGAUUUGCCAGUGUAUUGUGAUCCCGAAUGUAAGAUUGAGGGAUGAUGACGAGGAACUGUUUGAGAUGAAUUACAUUGAGUUUAUUAGGAGAGAUAUGGAAGGUAGUGAUCUUGAUACCAGGAGGAGGAUUGCUUGUGAGCUACUUAAGGGGAUUGCCACACAUUAUGGGGACGUUGUCAGAAGCAUUGUUUCUGCGCAAAUACCAAAUUUAUUAAGUUCCUUUGCUGCUAACCCCGCAGAAAAUUGGAAGGAUAAGGAUUGUGCUAUAUACUUGGUAGUUUCUCUUGCAACCAAGAAGGCUGGAACUAGUUAUGUGUCCACUGAUCUUGUUGAUGUUCAGAGCUUUUUUGAAUCCGUUAUUGUCCCUGAGCUGCAGAGUCCAGACGUGAAUGGGUUUCCUAUGCUUAAGGCAGGUGCACUCAAAUUUUUUACUAUGUUCCGCAGUCAAAUAUCAAAGCAAAUAGCAUUGAAGUUUUUCCCAGAUUUGGUUCGUUUUCUUGCUUCAGAGUCAAAUGUUGUUCAUUCUUAUGCUGCAAGUUGUAUUGAAAAACUCUUGUUGGUAAAGGAUGAGGUGAGUAGACCACGCUAUACAGCCGGAGAUAUCAAUCCGAUUUUCCCAAUGCUGAUGAACAAUCUUUUCAGUGCAUUGAAGCUACCAGAGUCUGAGGAGAACCAAUAUGUAAUGAAAUGCAUUAUGCGGGUUCUUGGGGUUGCAGAUAUAUCUGCUGAGGUUGCUCGAGUUUGCAUUGAGGGGUUAGCUUUUAUUCUUGGUGAAGUUUGCAAAAAUCCUAAAAACCCCAUCUUUAACCAUUAUCUCUUUGAAUCAGUUGCUAUUCUUGUGAAGCGGGCUAGCGAGAGAGACCCAUCUCUUGUAUCUGUCUUUGAGGCGAGCCUUUUCCCUAGGCUUGAAAUAAUUUUAUCCAAUGAUGUAACUGAGUUUUUCCCAUACACAUUCCAAUUGCUUGCUCAGCUUGUUGAGUUAAACAGGCCUCCAAUUCCACCAAUCUACAUGCAGAUAUUUGAGAUCCUUUUGUCACCUGAUUCUUGGAAGAGAGCUCCGAAUGUUCCUGCCCUUGUGCGUCUACUCCAGGCCUUCCUUCAAAAGGCACCAAAUGAAAUCAAUCAAGGUGAUAGACUGACUAAAGUUCUUGGCAUAUUUGAUACACUUAUACAAUCUUCUAGCACAUCUGAGCAAGGAUUUUAUGUGCUCAAUACUGUCAUUGAGAGUCUCGAGUAUAAUGUUAUACAGCCUUAUAUUUCCCAUGUUUGGGCUGCUCUUUUCAGAGAGCUCCAACGAAGGCGGACAGUAAAACUUAUCAAGUCCCUUUUAAUAUUCAUGUCACUUUUCCUGAUAAAACACGGGCCCUCAAAUCUUGUUGAAACCAUGAAUCUUGUCCAGCCUAAUAUAUUUAAUGUGAUUUUGAGCCAGUUCUGGAUACCUAAUCUCAAGUUAAUCACUGGUUCUAUUGAGCUCAAGUUGACUGCUGUUGCUUCAACAAGGCUCAUUUGUGAGUCUCCAGUCCUGUUGGAUCCUGCUGCUGCUGAAUCAUGGGGUAAAAUGGUGGACAGCAUUGUCACUCUUCUCUCACGACCAGAACAAGAUAGGGCUGAGGAGGAACCUGAUAUGCCAGAUAUUACAGAAAAUGUGGGUUAUACUGCCACAUUUGUUCGUCUUUACAAUGCUGGGAAGAAGGAAGAGGAUCCACUAAAAGAUAUAAGAGAUCCUAGAGAAUUUUUUGUUGCUUCAAUAUCUCGACUUUCUGCACUUUCUCCUGGGAGGUACCCCAAGGUCAUAAAUGAAACUGUUGAUCCAACAAAUCAAGCAGCUCUACUUCAGCUUUGCAACAGCUACAAUCUCACAAUAGUUUGAGAUCUUAUUCUAUGCCGGAAUGAUGUGCGCAAGUACUAUCUGGUUACCGAGAGUCUACUGCUAUAUUUGUGGAGUAGCCAGGGGAAAUUGCUACAAAGGUUUUGAUGAAUUUAUCAGCAUCCGUUUUUGCCGCACCAAUGAUCAUAUGCGGUAGUCUGCCAGGCUUUUUGUAGUAACAUGUGCUGUAUCGGUGUUUUGGGUUUAUG